AUGGAUCGCAGUGAACAAGGCAACAACCGAUUCCAAAUUCUAGUUUUUGGAGUCAGUGGCGUAGGCAAAACAACUCUUGUAAAGCAGCUGCGUGAAGUGAGCGCUCAUGUAUUUGGACAAGAGGUGCAUCAAGGACGGGAUGGAUCAUACGACAAUUCUUCUUCGGAGAAAUUCAUAUUUCAAGAGAUUGUACAGUUUCAGUUUCCAAGUUUCAAGAAGCUGGCGAUCCAAAGAUCGGAUGCAUUUAUUUUAAUGUAUGAUGUAGAUGACCACGUAUCGUUUGACUACGUGGUCAGCUUCUAUGCAGAAAUUAAACACGUAAAAGGUGAAAAUGCGCCAAUUUUUGUUGUUGGUAACAGGACAAAUAUCCCGGGCGUUUGUGAUGCACAAUAUGAGAUAGAUAAUUGUGAUAUCAAUGAGAAUUUAGACAGUUCACACAUUAAACUCUGUGCACUCACUGGUGAUGGCGUGAAGGAUCUGUUCUCUUACGGCAGCCCGUGUUGA